AUGCCGUGCACCAGCACGACUACUGCUGCACCCACUUCUGUGACAGUGCCCUGCGGUACUAAAGGAAAAGAAACUCAAGAAACAGUGCAGGAGACGGAACAGGCGACAUCUGCGAUGCCCACAAUGGGAUCAACAACCAUGGCGGAAGAAAUCGAAGAAUCGACAGCGGAGCCAUCAAUCACCGCCAUUGCGACAGAAAUCGUUACUGAAUCGGAAACAACCCUUCUAACGAAGACUUCUUCCACCAGCACACCGCUUGCUGGCUUUCGAGAGUCGGUCUCUGAGCUGGACAAGCCAGACCUAUCGCGGAUUUACCGCAGGCUGUUCCCGUAUCUGAAUUCCGAUCGUCACUGA